CCCCCUCGGCGCCCGCUUCCCCUCCCCCGGGCUCUCCGUGAAUGGGCCCAGCUGGAUCCCGGAGGAGGGGGGGAAGCGCUGUGAGGGCGGCCCCGGGUUUUCCCUCAGCGGCGCUGGCCCUUGUCUCGGAGGCAAACCGCGACCCGGGCCGCCUCAUCCCGGGGCUGCUCUGCUUCCCCCCUCGCUGCCUCAGGAGGCUCGGGGCCGAGGUAGGCCCGGCUAGGUGGCAACUCGCCCCCGUAGGCCUCGAAGCCCCGGGGGCGUGAAGGGAAGGCAGCUCAGCGGGUCCCGUCCCAGCCCCACCUCAGCGCCCGGUUGUCCAGAUCGGUGGAGGGUCGAUUUGCAUCCUUCUUCCCGAAGUUCUUGCCCUUUGGCACUUGGUAAUCAUAGUAAGCACCAGGAUUUCUCCUCAGCCUGUAAGAAUACCAAGGACUGUAGACUCCACCUUCAGCCUCUCCCUCACGAAAUUCCCAGAGCCCUCAGAGCUGGAUCCUCUGACUGGGCCUGAGCAGGGCCUAUGUAUCUGCAUCAAUUCCAGUUUUCCUGCUCUAGGUGUUUUCUGGAUAAUGGCGAAGAUGGUGAGAAGAACGUGUGCAUUUUGUUCAGAAGGGGAGGCAGGUUCUGUAAUGUACAUUGCCAAAGAGCGAAAUAUUGCAGCUCAUCAGGAUUGUCUGUUAUUUUCCUCAGGAUUUGUGGAAUCUGAAGAGUAUAACCCAGAUAAUCUGGAUAUACGGUUUGAUGUGGCAUCAGUGUUGAAAGAGCUCAAGAGGGGAAAGCGGCUGGUGUGCAACUUCUGUCGCAAGAAAGGAGCCACUGUGGGAUGCGAGGAAAGAGCUUGUCGCAGAAGUUACCACUACUUCUGUGCGCUGUGCGAUGAUGCAGCCAUAGAAACGGAUGAAGUAAAUGGAGUCUACCGGAAACAGACUGCAUUUCUAAGAGUGUUCUGCCCAAAACAUGACCCAGGCAAUAGGACCAAUCACUAUGAUGCAGCUAGUAAGAGGAGAAGACAUGAAUUGAAAUCUUCCACUCUCACGGAGCAAAUGAGCACAGAAGAGGCAGCAGAAGAAAACAGUUUACAGAUGCUAAAAAGAAAAAACAACCGGCAUAAAGUCCGAAUAGACUUUCUUAGGAAAUGCAAGCAAGCUGGGCUUCUGGAUGACAUAUUUGAAGAAAUGCUGGACACGCUUCACCUGGCGCAGGAAAAACUGAUGGAUGACAACACCUCAGAAACAGAGUACGAAGAGACAGUGAUGUCACUCUUUGACUGUGGACUCUUUGAAAAUAUACUGGCAAAUAUUCAUUCAGGAACGGAGGAGAAAAUCCAGGAGCUUCUGGAAAGCAGAAAAAGACUGGAUAACAAGAUUGAGCUACUGCAGGACUUAAAAAGAAUUGUCCUUCCUCCCCAGGAGAACAGCGCUAGUACCUCUAGUACGGUAUCUGAAUAACCCCUCGGUCUGUCUGUCAUGGUGUCAAUAUUUAGGAUUUUCUAAUGAUAGAAACCAUAGAGCACGUCUGGUCAGUGUGAGAGUACUCCCCCCCCACCCCCACCCCCCCACCCCACAGGGACACAGCAAGAACUGGGCGUUUUUACUCAUUUUUAUACCUCACCGUUGCAAUAAUUUUAAGUUGUCCCUUUCUUUAAAUUUUACCACGGAUCAAUGAGCGUUAAACACUGAAUUUGGCUUUUUUUAAAGCUCAACAAAACCCUCUAAUGAAGAGGUUUGUUUUUUUUUUUUUUCCUCAAAGGCAAGGUUUGGUUUUUCCACCAAACUCUCAUUAAAGUCACUUUAGCUGUGGGAGCGCAGUAGCCGCUUCCCUGCAUCGAGACAGUGAUGUUUUUAAGGAUCACAUUGCUGCUUUGCCUUUCCAAAGACGACCAAUUAGCAGACCUUGCACUCAAAGAAGCCUUCUGAAUUAUGAACAGGAGUUUGGUUCUUUUAAUUAAAUGGUUCUUGAUUGACUGCUUAAUAUAUAACUAGUUCUGCUGUGAUGGCAGCGGUGAAAUGGUGUUUGCAGGCGGACCAGAAACGGUUGGGCAUCAUACUCUAAACACAGAGGGUGUAAAAACAGAUCAAACAAUGGACUGUACCUUCCUUUCUGCCUUAAGAAAGGAUUUGACUUCAAUGUGUUUUGUCAAAACAAAAAUUGUUUGAAUACAGAAAAGCACCGUUUGGCUACAAAAGGGGAAGUGACAUGAAAUAAAAUGUUUUUAAGAAA